AUGGUCAUGCCCAUUGAAGUGUUAAGAGUAGAACAAAGUACUAUAUCUAAAGAAUUGGCUCGUUUUAGGGCCUGUGACCCUGAAACACGCAGCUUAUACUGUCGUGAAUGGGCCCAGUAUAUCCAUAAAAAGCACUUCGUUUGGAAUGCCAAAACACAAGAAGAAGUACCCGAAUCAAACGUCGUCACGCUGUCAGCAGGCCGAUUUCAGAUCAACCUGUACCGCGAAAGGCAUCACGAUGAUGAUGACGAUUAUUCAGACGAUGAAAACACUGUAAUAGUAAAGAAGGAUCGUUCGACUGUUAUGGCCAAACGUUUUGAGGCAUUGUUAGAUAAAUAUGAAGGCAAUAGUAACAAUUUAGAAAAAGACAGCGAAAGUUUGAUUAAGCAGAUCAUUAUGGAUAGUUAUAUGUGGAUGUCUUUACCCAGUGCUUUUUCAGGCUUACCCAAUUUGUUUGAACCUGUUGAAUUCAAUCCAUACCCGGAUCACAUUCCUUUAGUCGAUGACCCCAAAGACCCUUCUCAAAUCUUAGACCCUCUCAUUAUCGAACGUCAGUCUAUCUGUUUGCCAUCGGAUUGCUUCCAUUUACUCAAAAAUUUGACAGGUGAUAUUUUGUUAUCUCACACUACGCCCACUUGUCAUCACACUAAACCUGAAUCGAAGACACCUUCUGAUCUUGAAGUCGACCGCGCCAUUUGCAAUGAACAUGAAGCUAUAGCUGUAAAGCAAGCCCUUUCUGAACUGAACCUAGCGCUAGACAAUACUUGGCAACCGCUCAUAAACUUCUUGAAAAAAUUGGAUGAAAUAGAAAGUCGUCGAAAUCGACUCAUGGGCCAGGGCUGCCAAGCCGAAGUCGAUCGAUACUAUGAAAGCCAGAAGUAUAUUUCGUUUGUCGAUGUGUUUGCUAAGGAACUGCCCAAUUUUAAAAAAAAGAAAUCGACUGCUGAGGAGCUUGACAAAAUAGACACUCUAUUUGACAAUCAUUUUGAUCACCUAAAGACUCUAGUGAAACAGUUUUUGGAUGAAUUUGUACAGGACCAUUUGAAAAAAGUAUUGGAAUUAACAACCGAUUUAUGGAAGCUGAUUGUGCCCACCAUUUAUGAAAUGGGUGAGCGUAUGUCUCAAGGUGUGAUUAACAACAUCAACAGUAGCAGCGAUCCCAACAGCAAUAGCAACAACAAAAUUAAAGAAUCUUUAAAGUCUCUGGAUUUCGAUUCAUUAAAGCAAAUGGAAUCUACAAAGGAAGUUGAAGCCGCCUCUCAGCGUGUGCUCAACAACAUCAAAUCCAAAGUCGAUGCUUAUCUCCAAGAGAUCGAUGGUCUUGUCAAACUUUAUCGCGAAUCGUCUCGACCCACUCUGAGUAGUCGGGUAGACAGACUGAAUAACAAAGAUUUCAAAAAGAAGAUCAAAAAGUUGGAAAGCGGCUACUAUACCAUUCGUCAGACUUUCCGUUACGAAGUCACCGAGUAUAUUUUCCCUGAAUCUUUGUUUUGUAAGUUUUCUCUGGUGUGUUUAGAGCCCUUAAUGCAAGAGGGUGAAGUUAUGGAAGCCGUCACUAUUGAAAAGGAAGUAAAGCGAUUUAUGGAAUCACAUCAAAAUUUAAUGCAACAACGUUGUGCUCUACUCCAUGAUUUUGAAGAAGGUGUACAGACGGGUCGUCGGGAACUAGCUGGUAUAUUGGGUAAAUUAUUUUUAAAGGAAGGAAUGCGUAUUCAAGGAGAUAAUUUAGCCUUGAAGCGCCAAAACUCGUUGUUAAAAUCGAUGGGAGCAUUGCCCACGGAAGGUGAUAAUAGUACCCAGGGUACCAGUAGUAGUAAGAAAAAGUCAAAGAAGAAAAAAGGAACCGCCGCCUCAACCUCUAGUGGAGUAAGCACACCUAUAGAGACGCCUUCUUCGCCUGUGUCGACGACAAACACCGCCACAAAAAAAGGAAGGGCUUCUGGAUCAAAUGCUGAGCCUGAGAAGGAAGAGGUCAAAUCCAACCCUUCCAAACCCGCCGCUACUAUCACUACUAAGAAUAAGAAGGCUACUGCAUUAAAAGAUGAUUCGGAACCGGUCCAAACAUCUGUCACUACCACUACUAUCGACACUCUAGUGAAUGCAAAUAAUAACGCCAGUCCUAAACUUAUAAAGAAGAUUGACGCUGAACAACCAAAAAAAGCUGUCGCAACGGAAAGUAGCAAAGAUAAACCAUCAAAGACUUCCAAAAAAGCUACUGAUAGUGCUGAUACAACCAGCACUUCUACCACUCCUACCAGUUCUGUUAAGAAUAAGGAGGCUCCGGUCAAGCCUGUCAAAGAGAAGAAAACCAUCAUCGUCGAUAAGAAGCAAAAGCCAGAAGUGACAUCAGAAAAUGGUGAUGAUGUUCCAGAUUGGGAGACUAUCAACAGCAAUUUGCCAAUGGAUAAACUUGUUACUACCGCUUCGGAUCCAACAGUAAAGAGGGAUGAGUUCCCUAAUGAUACUGGUGUUGUUGAUUUCGAAUCAUUGAGAGCUGAUGUUGUACAACAAAAUAAAGCAGUAGUGCCUGAGGACAAUAAUGAAGGAUGGGCUACCGUUGUCUCAAAGAAAAAGUCGAUCGUCACCAUUCCCAAAAGUGAUAAUUCUUCAGCUAUAGACAAUAAUGAAUCCAUCGUUGCCACAGAUAGUAAAAAUGUUGAUGAUGGAUGGUCUACUGUUAAGAGCAAAAAGGCAGGCAGUAAAGUUGAUGAUAAUGUCAGCCGUAAAUCAUCGAAUUCAGACGAAAAUACGAAUACUGAUAUUUGCAGUACCACGACGAAGAAAAGACUCUCUGACUCUGAUGGUUGGGGUUCUUCUACUCCAGUGGCUACGAAAUCCAAGGAUAAUAACAUUGGUAAUCAUAAUGCUGAUAAGCAGACUAGCGGCGGUAGGCAAUCUGCGCACGUCGGUAACGGUUGGACUGCCUCUAAUGACGAAGAGAAAUUAGAAAAUGUAACUGAUCGUUUAAAUACUGGUGUUGAUGUUACGGCUCAUACGAAAGAUGUUAAUGAUGGCCAUGGCUGGGGUGCAACUAGCAAGAAAGGAAAAAAUGAUGGUUGGUCCUCCUCUGCUACUGCGCCCGAUACUCAUAAAAAAGAAGGGUGGAAUGCAGAGACAAAUGCCGAUGGUAGCUGUUCCUCUCUCCCAACAACGUCAUUAACAACCACUGCCACUAGUAAUAAUAAUACCUGGGGUAUUCCCUUAGAUAGUAAACCUGCUAACAAUAGCUCGGACGCUGUCACUGCUAAAGGAAGUAGCACAUUCCCUAAGAAAAAGUCUGGGGCUGAUUCGGAUGAUCAUUGGAGAUUGAAGAAGAAUGAUGAAAAUGACAAUAGCUGGCGCAGAAGUACAAGUGAUAGCAAUAACUGUUCAGCUGACAGUGCAACAGAUGGUAUUGCUGGAGGAUGGAGUGCUAAUACAAGUACGAAUGGCACGACAACACUGUCAUCUUCACUGACAGAUGGCUGGGGCUCUAUAAAGGAGGAUACUAAGCGUGCUGAUAAUGCACUUGGUGGUUGGGGAACUCCAUUAAAAAGCUCAGCUGUGCUUACUGACGGAUGGGGUAGGUCGAAUAAAUCUUUAAGACCUAAGGAUACUACGCCUAUCACUGCAGUAAGCUGGGGCACAGGCAAACUGCCCUGGGAGGAGGAGCCUAGUAAGAAUAAGGGACAGCAAUCUAUCGAACAGCAGGCUCCCAUUUCAACAUUUAACUCGCGUACCAACACAGAAGCAGUUAAAGAAACAUCAAAACCAAGCUCUGAAUCUUUAACGAGUAAGGCGGAAUCUCUUCAGCGUAUACCAGCAACUUUCGCUUCCCAUCAUAAUCAACGAUCUAUCUCUGCUACCACCGUCGCCACUCCUCCACCUGGUAUCACUGCUCUAAAUAGCAAUCUUAAUACUAUACAAGCGGAUGUAGUAUCACCUGGCUCACAAGUAGCUCAGCAAAUGCACCAGCAAUCUACAACCCCAACACCCAUGACAUCAUCUUCUACCAUGCUACCAACGUCUACUAUGGCACCCAGUUUCGCAUCAUCUUCACUAUUAGUUCAGCAAACACCGUCAGCCAUACCAGCAUUACAACAACAGCAACAACAGCUCUCUUCCAGUAAUAAUUUGUUAUCUUUGAAUCCUACUUUGAGUAGCUCCCUCUUAGCAAGCACUACUCAAUUGCAGGAACCUUUACCUCCCAAUUUUAACGAAAUGAAUGCUGAUAUGCUGCGUAUUGUCGUAAGCAAGCUUCAUCAAGAAAAUGCUACACUUUUAAGAUCUGUGUAUAGCUUACAACAUGAUUUAAGUAUGAUGACGAACCGUUAUUCAGAAAUUAUGGCUUUAGGGAGAGAACGUGAAGCUCAAACGCUGGCCUUAUUUGAAAGUAAGAAGCAAACGGAAAUGGAAGAAACUCGACGUUAUGUAUUGUCAUUGGAAGCUCGUGUCAAGCAAUUAGAAGAACAGCUGAAGAAUAACAACGGCAACACCAGCGGAUUCUUUGGCGGUGGCGGAAACAGCAACAAUAACAGUACAACAGCAGGUUUUGGAAGUCAGGAUUUAUUUGCUGGCUAUAGAGUGGAGAUGUCAACGACCCCAACUUCUGGCAACCAAAAUAACGAAGGUCAUCCUGCUUAUCAUCAUCGCAGCAACAGCAACAGUGGUCAUAGCCAUCACAAUCGACACCAUAGUGGCAGAAAGUUAUGGCAAAAGAAUUCGGUGAUCCGUUGCGGUAACUGUGGAGAAGUUGGCCAUGCCAGUGCUGAGUGCAAGGGUUAUUGUCGUUAUUGCGGAAGUCUUGAGCAUUUGUCGGAAGCUUGUCCUAUGAACUAA